AUGGAAGUGGCCAACCAAUCCAUUGUGGCAGAAUUUGUCUUGCUCGGCCUGUCAGAUCAGCCAAGGCUGGAGAAAACAUUCUUUGUGCUCAUCCUGCUGAUGUACCUGGUGAUCCUGCUGGGCAACGGGGUCCUCAUCCUGGUGACUGUGUCCGACUCCCACCUACACACACCUAUGUACUUCUUCCUCGGGAACCUCUCCUUCCUGGACAUCUGCUACACAACCUCUUCCAUUCCUCUGGUCCUGGACGGUUUCCUGACUCUCAGGAAAACCAUCUCCUUCUCAGGCUGUGCAGUGCAGAUGUUCCUCUCCUUUGCCAUGGGAGCCACAGAGUGUGUGCUCCUGGGCAUGAUGGCGUUUGAUCGCUACGUGGCCAUCUGCAACCCCCUUAGGUACCCAGUAGUCAUGAGCAAGGCUGCCUAUGUGCCCAUGGCUGCCAGCUCCUGGGUGGCUGGUGGAGCCAACUCCUUGGUGCAGAUCUCUCUUGCAGUACAGUUACCCUUCUGUGGGGAUAACAUCGUUAAUCAUUUCACCUGUGAGAUCCUGGCAGUUCUGAAGUUGGCCUGUGCUGACAUCUCCAUCAAUGUGAUCAGCAUGGGGGUGACCAACAUGAUCUUCCUGGGGGUCCCAGUGCUCUUCAUCUUUGUCUCCUACAUCUUCAUACUCACCACCAUCCUGAGGAUCCCCUCAGCUGAGGGACGGCGAAAGGCCUUCUCCACGUGCUCUGCACAUCUUACUGUAGUGGUGAUUUUCUAUGGGACUAUUCUUUUCAUGUAUGCAAAGCCCAAGUCUAAGGACCCUCUGGGGGCAGACAAACAGGAUGUUUCAGACAAGCUCAUCUCCCUCUUUUAUGGAGUGUUGAUCCCCAUGCUCAACCCCAUCAUCUACAGCCUGAGGAACAAGGACGUGAAGACUGCUGUGAGGAGCCUGGUAAGUCAGAAAUGCUUCACCCAGCAAUAG